AUGGAUAAUGAAAAAGCAAAAGCGAGUUGGGAUCCGUACACGACGAAAAUUCUAAUCGAUGUUUGUGCCGAGCAAAUAGUGCACAAGGAACACCAAGGAACGUCAUUUACGAGGUCCAGUUGGAACAAAAUUACAGAGAGUUUUCAGGAAAGGAGUGGGAAAAUGUAUGACAGGAAGCAACUUAAGAAUAGAUUUGACAUUUUGAGAAAGGAUUGGAAGUUGUGGGAGAAACUUAUGUCUGGGGAGACUGGCAUUGGUUAUGAUGCAACGACAAAUAGGGUGUUGGCCUCUGAUGAGUGGUGGCAACGAAAAUUAAUGGUGGAUCCCAAUUUCAAAAAAUUUAGACAUCAAGGGUUGAUGUUCGCAUCAGACCUAAUGAAGAUAUUCAAAGAUGUUGUGGCUUCGGGAGAGUAUAUGUACAAACCAUCAGCCUCGCAGCCUCAGCCAGCAUUCGCUCCACAACCUAACACAAAAGAGGAGGAUGUUUAUAGAGUUAGGCUCGACCAACAAGAAGGGUCGGGGGAUAUUGAGGAUGAAAAUUUUGGUAUUGACCCAACAGCUAGUGCAAGGGUCACAGAUGACUUUGCCGGUUGCAAUUUAAACAACCCUUCGAGUACUGGACCAAGUGGCUCAGGAAGCUAUGGAAAGAGGAAGAGGGGUGAGAUGUCUGAUGUGAAGAAGAAGAAAAAAGUUGUUGCAUCUACUAAAAUUUCUGAUAGCCUUAGUGUUAUCGCAGCUGCUUCUGACAAGCGAGCAGCAGCAUUGGUUGAAGAUCCCUAA